AUGUUUAUUACACUAUUGCUUGUACUAUUAGCUAUUUUGAUCACAUUGGCGUUGUUGUUUGUAUUGUCUAUAGUUUAUUUGCAAUAUGUUUCCAAAAGUCGCUUACGAUUUUGUUAUUUAUCUAAAAUAUCAGCACUGACUUCAAUUAAAUUUUCUCUACUUGAGCAAUAUCGUCAAACGUAUGAUCCAGCUAAUCCACAAUGUCGAUGUUAUCCACAUCAUGGUACAAGUAUUGAACCUCGAAACGAUUGUUUUCACAGAUCAGAAACAUUAUUUAUUAGUUUUGCUGGUGGUGCUCUGCUUGUCGGAGGAUUUACAUUCACAGAAUGGAAAUCAACAUUUACAAAAUUUGAUUUACAAGCGGACACAUUAUUUUUAACUGAUCCUGCCCAAUCAUUUUAUUUGCAAGAUUCAACCUGCUCAUGGCAAGGAUUGAAAUGUUGUCGAUCUUUAAUACAAAACUAUUCUAAACUAUAUAAGCGUGUUAUAUUAAUUGGAGCUUCGAUGGGAGCAAGUAUGGUUUGUAUGUGUAGCGAUCUCGCUACACUUUCAAUUGCAUUCAAUCCAAUAUUAGAUCCGUCAUUAGCACCUAGUGUGUUUUAUUAUAGAACACUACAGAGAUAUCCGAAAACAAUUAUUUUGAAGCAAGUACAGACAAAUAUUUUUAAAAUUAUGAGUGAAAAUCAACAAUCUAUUUUACAUGUUCAUUGGAGUGAAAAAUCACCAGGUGAUAUUGUUCAAUCAAAAUUAAUUUCAAAUCAAAAUGUAAUAUAUUUCACUGAUGUAGAUAAAUGUAACAAGCGUAAAGGAGUUUAUUUUUGGCUUCAUAAUUGCAAUACGCAUGCUUUACCACAUGAUUUGAAACGUCGAGGAAUUUUAACUCAAAUUUUACAACAUCAUUUGAAUGCUUUAGCAUAA